UAUGCUCAAUCUUUUAAAACCUUAAUUUCCAUAUGUUAUGUUAGAAUUUUAUUCAAAAAAAAAGGAGAAUUAAAUUAAAUAAAUUAAUUUGGGAGAUCGAUUCACUUCAAAGUCUGAUGGUGUAAUUGUUAUAAGUCUUGGAGAGAAAAUGAGUUUAGGAAGAGCAAAAGAAAAUUGGGUGAAACUUUGUGAAGCAAGUGUAAGCAGAUUUCAUGCUACUCUAUAAAUCGAGAAAAUUUAAUAAUAAAAUUCUCUUUUUUUAAUAGAUAAUAAUUCUAAAUUUGGAACUUUAGUCCAAAUUAAAGAAGAUUUGUAAAUUUAACAAGAGUUAGAAGUAUAAGUUGGCAAAUCUUUAUUUAAAUUGUAAACAAGUAAUAUUGCUUGUUGA